GUGGCUAUAAAUACGACUACACUUUCAUUUUGAGCUUCAAAUCACUUUUGAGUCAUUUCUCGUGAAUCUAACCGAAAGUCAACUCAAACUCUGAAACAAUGUCUGGAAGAGGAAAGGGAGGAAAAGUCAAAUCGAAGGCAAAGUCCAGGUCAUCCCGAGCGGGACUCCAGUUCCCCGUCGGACGUAUCCACCGUCUGCUCCGCAAAGGCAAUUUCGCAGAGCGUGUCGGUGCCGGCGCUCCGGUCUAUUUGGCCGCUGUGUUGGAGUACUUGGCGGCUGAGGUGCUCGAGUUGGCCGGCAAUGCCGCCCGAGAUAACAAGAAGACCCGUAUUAUCCCCCGUCAUCUGCAACUGGCCAUCAGGAACGACGAGGAGUUGAAUAAACUGCUGUCCGGUGUGACCAUUGCUCAGGGAGGCGUUCUGCCCAACAUUCAGGCCGUACUCCUGCCCAAGAAGACCGAGAAGAAGGCUUAGACUCAUCCCUUUGGGACUCAAACGGCCCUUUUUAGGGCCAAUACAUCUCUGACCUAAU